AUGUACAACGGCAUUGGACUGCAGACAGCGCGCGGAAGUGGCACGAACGGCUAUGUCCAGCGAAACCUGUCCCAUCUCAGGCCGCGUGAUCCUAUCGCACCACGCGUCGAUGACGAUGUGCGAAAGUUUGAGCAUGUGAAGCCAGAUGCAUCGAUCCUAGAUCAUGAACGUCGGAGAAAAAUCGAGAUCCAGUGUAUCGAGUUUCAGGAUGAAUUGGAGGAAAAAGGACUACCAGAAGAGGAAAUUCAGGCACGAGUAGCAUCUCUACGCCAAGGUCUACGUGCAAGAUUGGAGCGAGCUCCUACAUCAUACAGCCAGCCAACGCAUGCAGAAGUCAAGGGGCUGCGGCCCUCGGACACCCAUGCGCGAAGUGCAGCGAAAGAGCGCGAGUCAAGCAAGAUGCAACGUGCACUGCACGUUCGUCCCGAUUAUGAAGAAGGGCAGGCGUUCGAUCCUGUUCUCCAGGAACGACGCAAGCAAGAACGCAUAGAGGAGCGUGAGAGAAGGCGAGAAAGCGCUGUGCUGCCAGACUCCCGAGGCUCUAGCAGAUGGGAUCGUGUCGACCGUGAUAUGCCGGCUCGAGGUGCUCGCCGUUCACGCUCACGCUCACGCUCGCCCUCGCCUGCAAGACGCUCCCACGUAUCGUAUGAAGAUGCCCACGUGCCACCAUCCGGCAAAAAUUUACGCACACCGUCACCACCACCCACACAUACCACUGACCCCUAA